AUGCUGUGCUGCGGCGAGCAUGCUGUGCACCGCCACCAGCUCGGCCUUGGCGUCCUCCAGGCAGGCGGUGGUGUGACUGACCAGCUUCUCAAGCUGGGCGUGGUUGGCCCCCUGGUACUUCAGGGCAUCGAGAUCGUCGUCCAGAGCCAGCUUCUCCUCUGCCAGCCGGGCCUUGAGUAG